CAGGCGCCCUUGUUGGUGUCUUGCCUGUCUGAUGUAACCUGGUCCAAGCAUUUAAUCACGAGCGGUGUUUAUUUGGAACGUCAAAAUGUCCCAUCGAUAUAUGGCCGUUGGCCGUAAAGGGCAUGUUCUUCUUCGAAAAGUGUUAUCAUUACGAAGCCCUAAUAAAGAGAUACAAAGGGAAAUAACUCUCCUGUCUAAGGUUCUACAGUCCAAGGAUAUGGAUUCCCUGAUACGACAUUUCAGCUGUACAGUUCUCAGAGCAUCCUCAAAUUCUCCAAAAGGAUUUGAAAAGUUUGACGAGCUCCUUAAAAAGAAAAGGGCAGGAAAAGAGCCAAAGAAAGAAGCAAACAGUCAACAAGAAGAGAAGAUGAAGGAUCCACUUCAGGAAAAGCUUAAAAAUGAAAAACCUAAGGAAGAAGAAAAUGAACCGAAAUGGGGACCUCCGAACGACCCAUGGCAGGACAUGAAAACAGCCUUUAAGAAUGCAACUGAUAAUUUUGAAAAGCAAUCAGGACAAUCAGGAGAUCAAAAAGAUCUGAGGAAUGCAGCAGUGAUCUUUAGUGUGGUCGCCUUUGCUGCCUUGUUGGUUAUGACGGGGCAGCAGAACAAAGAAAUCUCCUACAAGGAAUUUGUCAAUGAUUUCCUCAAAAAAGGAAUGGUGGAAAGCCUAACUGUUGUUAACAAACAAGUAGUGACAGUCAAUUUCAAACCAGGAGUGAUGGAAAGGAAUGUACAGUUCAGAAUAGGAAGUGUUGAUACAUUUGAGAGAGCAUUACAGACUACCCAAGAAGAAUUACAGAUAGAUAAAGCCAACUUUUUGGAUGUGACUUACAAAGAGAAAUCAGAAAUGAGUUUAGUCAGCGUUCUAAUGGGCGUGUACUUCUUAAUGUUGAUUGGAGGAACUAUUUAUAUGAUGCGUAGAUCUGGAAUGGGAGGGAAAGGAGGUGUUGGGGGACCAUUUGGAUAUGGAAAAUCCACAGCUAAGGUCUUCAAGCCAAACUCAAAUGUUGUAGUUAGAUUCAGUGAUGUGGCUGGAUGUGAAGAGGCAAAAUUAGAAAUCAUGGAAUUUGUAAACUUCCUCAAGAACAAGGAUCAAUACCUUAAACUUGGUGCCAAAAUCCCUAAGGGAGCCAUGCUUACUGGACCUCCAGGAACAGGAAAAACACUUCUGGCUAAGGCAACAGCUGGAGAGGCAAAUGUCCCCUUCAUCUCUGUGUCUGGAUCAGAGUUCUUGGAAAUGUUUGUCGGAGUUGGUCCUGCUCGGGUACGAGACAUGUUCAAGGAGGCCAGAAAAAAUGCACCCUGUAUCCUGUUUAUAGAUGAGAUUGAUGCAGUCGGACGAAAAAGAGGCAGGUCAAAUUUCGGAGGCAACAGUGAACAGGAAAAUACACUCAACCAAUUCCUUGUGGAACUUGACGGUUUCAGUUCACAGACCGGGGUAGUGGUCUUGGCUGCGACCAACCGAAUAGACGUCCUAGAUCCUGCCUUACUACGAGCUGGUAGAUUUGACCGACAGAUUUAUAUACCACUACCAGACAUUAAGGGAAGAGCAAAUAUAUUUAAAGUUCAUCUUGGAAGUAUAAAAACAGAACUUGAGAAGGAUGAAAUGGCCAAAAAGUUGGCAGCACUUACUCCAGGUUUUUCUGGUGCUGACAUUGCCAAUGUUUGUAAUGAAUCGGCGCUUAUAGCUGCUCGGGACCUCAAUGAAUCUGUCAUGGCCAACCACUUUGAACAAGCCAUAGAACGAGUAGUCGGAGGUUUGGAAAAGAAAACACAAGUUCUACAGCCGGAGGAGAAGAAGACAGUAGCGUACCAUGAAGCAGGUCAUGCUAUAGCUGGGUGGUUCCUGGAACAUGGUGACCCCCUUCUGAAGGUAUCCAUUAUACCCAGAGGAAAGGGAUUAGGUUAUGCUAUGUACUUACCCCAGGAGCACUACCUAAUGACACAGGAACAGAUGAUUGACAGAAUGUGUACAUUACUUGGUGGAAGAGUUUCGGAGAAAAUCUUCUUUGAUAAGAUUACAUCUGGUGCCCAAGAUGAUCUUCAAAAAGUGACCAAAUUGGCCUAUUCUCAAGUGACACUGCUCGGUAUGAGUGAUAAGAUUGGACAGGUAGCCUUUGAGCAGGAGCAGCAAUCAUUCCAGAAGCCAUACAGUGAAAAAACAGCAAUGAUGAUUGAUGAAGAAGUCCGAGACCUUGUGGCUAAGUGUUAUGAUAGGACCAUGGAACUAUUGACUGAGAAAAAGGAUCUAAUAGACAAGGUUGCCAAAUUGUUGCUAGAAAAAGAAAAGAUCGACAAGGCAGAUAUGGAGUCUAUUUUGGGAAAGAGACCAUUUGCAGAAAAAUCAACUUAUGAAGAGUUUGUGGAGGGUACUGGUUCGAUGGAGGAAGAUACAGUACUACCUAAAGGACUUGAAAGCUGGAAUAAGACUCGUCAAACAACAGACAAACCACUACCAGAACCUGCUGUAUAAUGAAAACAUGACAAAGCUAGUUGUGAGAACUGUGGACAGAUUUAAUUAUCACUAAAGUAUUUGUAUGAGUUUGAUGAAGACAGAGAAGCAAUAUAUUUACUGAAUCAUUAUUUUACUAGUCUGUGACUUGUUAUCAUUGUAGUGAUCUGGUGUUUCAUGUUUGAUAAUAAAUGUUGAACUUCUAUGUGAAAUAUGAAAUGUUACUUCCUAAGAUAAAUUAUUUGCUUAAAUAUUGAUUUGAGGAGAAGAAGGUCAGUUUUACAGAUAACACAAAAGUGUGUUGUCCAGGUAACACAAAAGUGUGUUAUCCAGGUAACACAAAAGUGUGUUAUCCAGGUAACACAAAAGUGUAUUGUCCAGGUAACACAAUUCACAGCUGAUUAUGUAAAUGAUUUUGUUUUUUUUUUCCACUUUACCUGUCAUUAGGUUGUGAUGUUUCAGUACUGUAUGUACAUUGGAUUGAAAUCGGACGGCUGAUGCCUCGGUUUUGAGAUAUGAUUUCCCAGGAAAUGAACAGCAACAUCACAUGUGGAUGUGUACCUAUAGCAUUGAUUAUGGUGUUGUGAUUUGUACUGGAGUUAUGCCCCCUGUUAUGAGGAACAUUGAUAAUAAUCUUGCCCCACAGCUAGUCCCAUUUAUUUCAAUUCAAACAGGCAUCAGCAGCAUUUGACAAAGUUGUUUUUUGAAUAAGGGGUAUUUACCCAAUACUUAACAUGACUUAAAUUUUUGUGGAAACAAACAGAUUAGUAAUUAGCCAUCAGCUUGAAUGUUGAACACUUGAAUUGUCUUCCUAAAGGAAACUGGUCAGAACUAAUUAUCUGAUUUAGUAAUCAUUGUUAUUCUAUAAUCAGGGAAACUUCUGAUACAGUUUAGCUUUCACACUUUAAUUAAGGUGAAAAUGAAAUGGUGAUUGAAGUUUCAAGUUAAAGCUGAAAUAUAUAUUUUUGAAUUUGAAUACUGGUUGAAAACAGAUAUUUCAUGAGUGAAUGUUUCCCCAUAUAGACUAACAACUGUUUAUUUAUAUUGUUUGAAAACAUUUAGUGUCGCAAGCACAACAUUAAAAAUUGGAAUGGUCAUCCUCAAUUAGAAGUAAUCGAUGUCCACUUUGUGGUAAAACUACCAACAGCCUGUAUCCCUACCCUAACUUAGCUUAACCAUUUGCUGAUAUACAGACAAAUUGCUCACAGCUGUAGAGCAUACAACUUGAUGUUGGUAAGAGAUAAUGAUGUGACAGAGUGUUGUUCUGUGACAACAGAGCCUUGUCAUGCUGAUAGCAGUAUUAACUUAUGUGUGAUUUGCUCAGUUACUGCAAAUAAUAAAUGAUCAGGAUUUG